AUGGCCAUCGUUGGCGCCAAAGAAGAGCACGUCGAUCCGCAACUGACGCGGAUCGCCCAAGACGACAAGAAGAUAUGGUACAAGAAGCCAAACCUGCGCUUUCUCUACCUCAUCCUCAUCCCAACCGGCCUUGGCGUGGAGUGGACAUCUGGCUUUGACUCUUCCAUGAUGAAUUCCCUUCAGGCCGUUGAGUCUUGGUUCGAAUACUUUGGUCGCCCGAACUCCUCUAGGCUAGGUCUUCUGAACGCGAUGUACUCUCUCGGUGCUCUCAUGGCAAUCCCCUUCGUUCCUAUCGCGUCGAACUAUCUGGGCCGUCGGCGUACCAUCCUCCUCGGGUCGUGGAUCAUGGUUCUGGGUGCGGGUCUCCAAGCAGGCGCUCGUAACCAAGACAUGUUUUUGGCGUCUCGCUGGGUUCUUGGCUUUGGGAUCCCCUUCGCAAUCAUCAAUGCUUCUUCUCUCAUCGGCGAACUAUCAUAUGCGAAGGAACGUCCUGUUAUGACCAGUCUUUUCAAUGCCUCCUGGUUCGUUGGCGCCAUUAUUGCGGCCGGAGUCACCUAUGGUACCUUCCAGAUGUCUAGCACAUGGGCAUGGCGCAUUCCGAGCCUUCUUCAGCUCGUUCCUAGCGCGUGUCAGAUCUGCUUCAUGCCCUUUUGCCCAGAGUCUCCUCGAUGGCUAGUCUCCAAGGACCGUGGCGAUGAAGCAUUCGCCAUCUUACAGAAGUACCACAGUGAAGGCCAGCAUGGUGACGAGUUUGUUCGUCUUGAAUUUGCUCAGAUCCAAUCCACCAUCAAACAGGAGAAGGAAGUGACAAGCAAGUUCGCCUGGGGUGACGUCUUUCGCGACGCCGCUAUGCGGAGGCGGUUCAUGAUCGCCGGCAUCAUCCUCAACCUGGUCGGAAUUACGGACAACCGAACUGUUCAGAAGAUCAUUCUGAGCAACACUUGCUGGGGACUUAUCAAUGCGACCCCAAUCGCGCUGAUUGCACCACGGUUCAAACGACGUACCAUGUUUUUAGUUUGCACGAUAGGAACCGCCUGUGUUUACACCGUCUGGACUGUUGCAUCAGCCAGAUUUGCUAUUGAGAACUCUCGGGCAGCCGCUAUCCCAGUUCUGGUUUUUAUCUACGUAUACUCACCGUUCUACAACAUCGGCUGGAAUGCGCUUACAUACACUUACAUGGUUGAGAUAUUCCCAUACAGUGUUCGAUCCCAGGGCAUCGCCGUUGAGCAACUUACCGUACGAUUCGCCGUUUUCUUCAACACGUAUGUAAACCCGAUCGCUUUGGACUCAAUCGGCUGGAAAUACUACAUCGUGUACUGCGUGUGGAUCUUGGUGGAGAUUGCCACAGUCUGGUUCAUCUUCCCCGAGACACACGGACGCACCCUCGAAGAGCUCAGCUUCAUGUUCGAAGGCAAGGAGGUGCAGGACAAGGUGCAGAAGAACACUCAGAAGGUACUUCAAGUCGAGCUUGAAGACAUCGCACCCCGAAGAGAAUCGAGAGAAGGGACCGAGAACCCGAAGGUCUAG